GCACCGCCGCCAGCGCCGCAGCGGAGGAAUCGUCGGACAGCGAACCGGAGCAGGAGCCGGGCUCCCCGCAGAAACUCAUUCGUAAAGUCUCUACGUCUGGGCAAAUCCGCCAGAAGCCUUUAAAGUCCUGUAUAACUCUUGGAUUGUUGCGUGAUAUGUUUCUGCUUAGAAAUACCAGACAAUCAUAAAAGAGGGAAUGCUGAUGAAACAGACCAGCUCCUUCCAGCGCUGGAAGAGACGAUACUUUAAGCUGCGAGGACGAACGCUCUACUAUGCAAAAACUGCUAAGUCCAUUAUUUUUGAUGAAGUGGAUCUGACAGAUGCCAGUGUGGCAGAAUCCAGCACUAAGAAUGUCAACAACAGCUUCACGAUUAUCACUCCGUGUCGGAAGCUCAUCCUUUGUGCUGAUAACAGAAAAGAGAUGGAAGAUUGGAUUGCAGCACUGAAGACUGUACAAAACCGUGAACAUUUUGAGUCUACCCAGUACAGCAUGGAUCAUUUCUCAGGGAUGCAUAACUGGUACGCCUGCUCACACGCUCGGCCCACCUACUGCAACGUGUGUCGGGAGGCAUUGUCUGGAGUCACAUCACACGGGCUGUCGUGUGAAGUGUGCAAGUUUAAAGCCCACAAGCGGUGUGCUGUGCGGGCAACCAAUAACUGCAAGUGGACAACUCUAGCCUCUAUCGGGAAGGAUAUCAUUGAGGAUGAAGAUGGGAUCUCAAUGCCACAUCAGUGGUUGGAAGGAAACCUGCCUGUGAGUGCCAAAUGCACUGUGUGUGAUAAGACCUGUGGCAGUGUCCUACGUCUGCAAGACUGGCGCUGCCUUUGGUGCAAAGCCAUGGUACACACAGCAUGUAAAGAGUUGUUGCCGAACAAGUGCCCUCUUGGGCUAUGCAAAGUAUCUGUCAUUCCUCCUACUGCUCUUAACAGCAUUGAUUCAGAUGGUUUCUGGAAAGCUACUUGCCCCCCUUCUUGUACAAGCCCUUUGUUGGUUUUUGUCAACUCAAAAAGUGGAGACAACCAAGGUGUAAAAUUUCUGCGAAGGUUCAAACAGCUACUGAAUCCAGCCCAGGUCUUUGAUCUCAUGAAUGGAGGACCUCACCUUGGUUUACGCUUAUUCCAGAAGUUUGACACUUUCCGGAUUUUGGUUUGCGGUGGGGACGGAAGUGUUGGCUGGGUUCUCUCUGAAAUUGAUAGCCUCAAUCUUCACAAGCAGUGCCAGCUGGGAGUGCUGCCCUUGGGAACAGGGAAUGACCUUGCCCGUGUGCUAGGCUGGGGGUCUGCUUGUGAUGAUGAUACCCAGCUCCCACAGAUCCUGGAGAAGCUGGAGAGAGCUAGUACAAAGAUGCUCGACAGGUGGAGCAUCAUGGUGUAUGAAACGAAACUCCCUCGUCAAGCUUCCACUUCCACAGUCACUGAAGAUUUCAGUGAAGAUUCUGAGGUGCAGAAGAUUCUCUUCUAUGAAGACUCUGUGGCUGCUCAUUUGUCCAAAAUUUUGACUUCUGACCAACACUCAGUGGUCAUCUCCUCAGCCAAGGUGCUUUGUGAGACAGUGAAGGAUUUCGUGGCUCGAGUAGGGAAAGCCUAUGAGAAGGCAACGGAAAGCUCAGAGGAAUCAGAGGUCAUGGCCAGGAAGUGCUCUGUCCUGAAGGAGAAGCUGGACUCAUUGCUGAAGACACUGAAUGAUGAAUCUCAAGCAUCUUCAUCUCUGCCAAACCCUCCUCCCACCAUUGCAGAAGAAACAGAAGAUGGGGAUGGGUCAGGCAGUGCUUGUGAUUCUUCCAGCGACCGCUCGGUUGGCUCAUCGUGUACUGCACGGCCCCAGAUAUUCCGUCCCCGAGAACAGCUCAUGUUGAGAGCCAACAGCUUGAAAAAAGCCAUCCGUCAGAUAAUAGAGCACGCAGAAAAAGCUGUAGACGAGCAGAAUGCCCAAACCCAGGAGCAAGAGGGCUUCCUCCUUAGUCUCUCAGCCUCUGAAGAGGGCAAGGAACUGAGGAAUGAGGAUAAAAUCUCCCUACAGUCUUCACAUAGCAGUAGCUAUGGAGUGUCCAAAGGGAGGAGUCAGCGGAAAGCUUCCAAGUCCCCUUGUGAAAGGCUAAUAAACAAAGGAAGUUUGUCACUGGGCAGCUCUGCAUCUCUUCCUCCCCAGACAGGAAACCGAGACAACUUGCCAAUGCUGAACACGAAAAUCCUCUACCCAAAUAUCCGUGCUGGCAUGUCUGGUUCUUUGCCUGGAAGCUCUGUCAUCAGCCGAUUGUUGAUCCAUGCUGAUCCCUUUAACUCUGAGCCUGAAAACCUUGAAUGUUACACAGAGAAAUGUGUCAUGAAUAAUUACUUUGGAAUUGGACUGGAUGCAAAAAUUUCUUUGGACUUCAACAAUAAACGUGAUGAGCACCCAGAAAAAUGCAGAAGUCGUACUAAAAACAUGAUGUGGUACGGAGUAUUGGGGACCAAGGAGCUGCUGCACAGAACAUACAAAAACCUGGAGCAGAAAGUCUUGCUGGAGUGUGAUGGGAGGCCAAUCCCUUUGCCCAGUCUCCAGGGAAUAGCUGUACUUAACAUUCCCAGCUAUGCAGGAGGCACCAACUUUUGGGGGGGAACAAAGGAAGAUGAUACAUUUACAGCCCCCUCCUUUGAUGACAAGAUUUUGGAGGUGGUAGCAGUGUUUGGUAGCAUGCAGAUGGCCGUGUCACGGGUGAUAAACCUGCAGCAUCACCGGAUUGCACAGUGUCGGACAGUGAAGAUAGCAAUCCUUGGAGAAGAGGGAGUUCCAGUGCAAGUAGAUGGAGAGGCCUGGAUCCAGCCUCCAGGUUACAUUUGGAUUGUUCACAAGAACAGAGCACAAACCCUCACCCGAGACAGGGCAUUUGAGAGCACCCUAAAGUCCUGGGAGGACAAACAGAAGUGUGAGCUGUCCCGACCCUCCUCCUUCUCCCUGCAUCCUGAGAUCAUGUCUGAAGAAGAAUCCACCCAGAUCAAUCAGUUUGGUCAAGCUGCAGGUGCUCUGAUCCACAGCAUUCGGGAAAUAGCCCAGUCUUAUCAGGAUAUGGAACAGGAGCUUGCCCAUGCUGUCAAUGCCAGCUCGAAAUCUAUGGACAAGGUCUAUGCUAAAUCCAAGUCUACAGAGGGUCUGAACUGCAGCCUUGUUGUGGAGAUGGUGAAUAAUGUCAAAGCCCUGCAUAAUGAGACAGAGCUCCUGCUGGCAGGCAAGAUGGCACUGCAAUUAGAUCCUCCACAGAAGGAGCAGCUCCAAGCAGCCCUGGCAGACAUGGACCUCCAGCUGAGGAAAUUGGCAGACAUCCCUUGGCUGUGGCAACUUGUGGAGCCCUGUGAUGAGGAGAACCAGAUGCUGGACUACUCCAAACGCAGCCGCAGUGGUAAAUUCCGGCUGGUGACUAAGUUUAAAAAGGAGAAGAACAACAAAAACAAGGAGACUCAUAGCAGCAUGGGACUGCCGGUUCAUCUCUGGGGAACGGAGGAGGUUGCGGCGUGGCUUGAGCAUCUCAGUCUUUGUGAGUAUAAGGAUAUCUUCAUCCGACAUGACGUCCGGGGCUCUGAGCUCCUGCACCUCGAACGGAGGGACCUCAAGGACCUGGGUGUGACCAAAGUGGGUCACAUGAAGAGGAUACUGCACGGGAUCAAGGAGCUGAGCCGGAAUACUCCUGCCAGCGAGGUUUAGCCUCUAUUUUCACUGCCUGUGUGUACCAUUCCCCCUAACUGUACAGCAGUCACCUCACAGAGCAGAUGUGCUCACAACUGUCUCUACUGAAUAGCCAAAUUGUAGCUGUUCAGCGCUCAUAUCAACCAAGCAUGGUGCUACCUUUUUUCCUGUGGGGUACUGCUGCAUCCAGUCAAGAGGCACCUUAUCUGUGGUCAGGCAGAGCCUCCCAGAGGAGAAUUUACUUGCUGUUUGAAGAAUUGUGUCCUCUGACAUGGGAAGUUCUGGUUCCAGUGCAGGACUUCUGAGAAAUGCAACACAGCUACCUUUACUGGAUAACUUCAUCACAGUAGAAUUAUUCAGGGCAAAAGAUAUAUUGGCCAGUCUAAGUUCAGAAGCAUCUGACAGUCUUUUUAACCCAAAACGUUCCUGCUCACCUGUGUGUCACACAUGUAUCUUAGAACAUUUAAGUGGGACAAAGCUUUUCCUUGUGUCUUUCUAAUCCCUUUUUAAUACACCUGUGGUUGCAUGCAAUUUGUGUCAGAUAUUCAAAGCCAGUACAGACCUCUUGCUGAUGAAAACCCAGUGAUUCUCACUCAUGUAUGCCUUGCAACAAACAAUGCAUGUGGUUUAAACGGCAGUUCACACCAGGUUGUGAGGCCUUCUGCUGGGCCUGACUCUCCUCUUCCAGCCAGUAGCAAUGGUACAACCUUUUAAGUUUUCAGGCAUCACAAACAAUUGUUCAGAAAUGCCUGGCAGUAAGAAAAGACAAAAUUCUGGAAAGCAAGUUUACAGGACAUCAGCUCUGACGCUCCCCCUUCUGAAGUCAUCUUCACAAAACCAGAUGAAAGGGAGAGGAGUGCUAACUAGCUGUUGGGACCAUGUGAGAAAUGUAAUGUAAUAGGGUGAGAUAGAACAAUUUACCCCCCAGCUUGGUGAGGGGAGCAACAUGACUGGCAAUGGCCAGGAGCAGCUUCCUGUCCACUUAGUGCCAGCUUUGUGGUCACAAACAGCAGAGUUGUUUUUCUCCUUCAGCUUGUAGUGCAGAAAAUUGUUUCUGCCACAAAAGAUGUAAUUUAUCCAUACUAGUUGCAUCUUUUCACCUGUCUUGGUUGUGACUUUUCCAUCUUGCUUCACUCUCUUUGCUGCCUUGCUCCUUCACACCAAGGUGGAUACCAAAAGCUUACACUCAGUCCUUGCGGGUUGUACCCCUGAGAGAUGUAUCAUGUGUUGUCAAACAUCAGGGCUCCUGCAGGAGCACUGAGAAAAGAAGGAUUAUUACUGAGUGGAUGAGCAUCAGAGUGAGAACUAGAGUAUGUUGGUAAAUUGCCUUUGGUACCACCAGCAGUGGAGCAUGGAAAACUUAGUGCCUCUGAAUCAGAGUUCCUAGAUGGCCUUCUAAUUUCCACUGUACUGCCUGACCCCAGUCAAGUGGACUGUUAAAGCCCAAAGACCAGCAUGCGUAAUUAUGUUGCUGUGUUUAUCACUGCAAAGGGUAUGAGGGAACACUUGAGUGCUGUAAAGCCAGAGAAACAGCAGGAAUUUUUAGUAGCUUUGUUGGUUUUUAUAUGUUUUGGACUUCUUUGUUAUUAUUACAGAGCGGCACAUGUCUGGCUAAGGCUGCAGACAGUAAAACAGCCACAUGCACAGUGGCCUAAAAGAUUAUUUCCUGAGGACAUCUUUCUUCUUUGUUGUUUGUAAGAUUAUGGAAUUGACAUCAGCUCUCUAGCCUGGCAACAGGCAGUCAAGAUAUUUUCUGUAAAAAAUUGCCAGCUUUAAAAGGUUAUGGGCUGAUUUCAAGCUGGGCAAACUCCAUUACCUUCUUUAAGGUUUCAGAAAGUAUUCUUCUGAUUCUCCCUAUCUGUUUUAAACUAGUUGUCAUUUACCCACAUGAUUCAUUUCAGCAGGCUAGCAAGUAACAGGGUUUGCUCAUAUGAACUUAACAGAAGACUUAAUGUGCUUGAUCCAGCCAGCAAAAUUUCUGGUGUAAAUACUGUGGGGACUGAGCAAGAAGUAUGUUCAGCUUUUCUCUGAAUUUGUUUCUCCUGUCUAUGCAUUGUCAGUUGCCUCCAUAGCCAUAUUCCUCUUUUGUUAGUACAGCCCUCCCUCGCUGUAUGGAAUUCCUGAGGUGUCAGAUGUGUAAGAAUUACAGACACACUGCAUUUUCCCACUUGUUUGUUGAGGCACAGGCCAGCAUCUGCAUGACAGUGAAGAGUGAGCUCCAGGAUGUAGCCAUCCUUGCUAUUGACAGUAAGGUGACAGCCCACUGCCUGUCCCCAGGAGUGCGCAUGAUUAGGACGUUUGUGUGUCUGCCCAGGAGAGCACAGCAGGGAGCACAAGGCAGGUGGUAACUCUGGAGAAGAGGUGAGAUCUGUGUUUGUUCCUGUACAUGAUGAAGAAGCUGUUCUUGCUGUGAAGUUUCUUCAGGUACCCUCAUGGUUAAGAUGCAUAGACAAUAUGCACUGGCCUUGCUUGCGUAAUUCCUGAGGUAUUAAAAUUUUGCUUCAGUAGAAACAGUUCCCCUCUAUUCUUCCUGCUCAAAGUAACAGGAAUCCAAAGAAUUUAUAGAUUCAGGCAUGUGCCUUAAUUUAUGCCAUGUCUGUAGAGGCCUGAUGGCCACUGGCCAUCUGCUCUGAGUGAUGACGCCUGCACAGACCAGUCUCAUUUCUUUUACGAUCUGUCAUACUGAAGGGCUCGGAUCCUUUUUGUUUGCAUGCACGUUUGGUCAAAGGGUUCAUAGCCAGCACAUUCCUGUCUGUUGCUUACCAGAGGCAGGGAGGGAGUUCUGCCUUCUUUUAAGAGCUGAAAAAUGAGAUCCACAUUGAACCUGAGUGCCUUUGAAUACGUAUUAAGGUUUGUAUGUAACAAAAGGGUUGUAGCUCUAGGUGUCUCACUGGGAAUCAUGCAGAUUUCUGUUGCGGAGAUUUCGUGACCAGAUGAGGACAGUUUGUGAGAGCUAUCUGCAAAGUAGGGACCCGGGCUGAACUUCUAGCUACCUUACUCUGAGUUCCUCUUCUGGCUUCUGGUAAGUUUUUGUGAGAGAGAAACUCAGGAAAGACAAACAGUAAAAAAGUCUGCUGCUUCUUUUACCAAAAAAAAAAAAGGAGACUCUCCUGCAGUCUCAGGUGAAACACCACCGUGAAAAGAAGCUAGAGCUGCACAUAUCACAUGUUUAGUCUCUUGAGAAAAUGCCACUCAUGUGAAAGCUGUGUGGCCCCUUCUGUUCUUCAUCCCUCACCCUUGGCAUUGAUGCUGGGGCAGUGUCUGCAGUGAGUUGGCCAUACAGUUUCUUCUGCUCGGAGGAGGUUUCAGUGAGUGUUCUCUCAUGUUCUGGCAAUGCCUUGGAUAUCUCAUGGCAGUUUCUUGGGAAUAGCUUUUUCUGUGUCAUGGCUCAGUGGGAUUGCAUACAGUGGAGACUGGAGGGAGGUUUGGCCUAUAGGGCAGCUGUUGGCAGUGCCCUGCUCUGUCUGGGUCAUUGCCAAGAAGGCUGUUGGCUCUAAUGCAGUCCUUCUGCCUUGGCUUGUGGGGUCUCAGUGCUCAGAGCACACAUCCCCACUGCAUCCGAAGCCAGCUCUUUGCCUGCAGCAGAGGGGAGCUGUGCUGCUCAGUACCCAGAGGUGCUGACCUUGCCAGGCACCCGAGCCUCCAGCUCUACCAAGGCCCUUCAGUGCCAGUCCUGGGAAUAUUCUGCACCCAAAUUGUAAGGAAAGCUUUGUUCAAUGUUUUAGUAUUAUUUAAAACUGUGCAUACUUAUCUAUGUGAUUUUAACAAAGACUGUUUACACAAAAUAUUUUGUAUCUUAAGAUGUGUGUACUGUAAAAAGGAGGAAAAGAAAAAAAAAGUAAAA